AUGACGGUACUGCUGCAGUCCAAUGCCGAGUCGCUCGUUUCCCCCGCCACCACGACUAAACAGCCGCGCUAUUCCACGUUCGUUAGUGCUAACGAUGAGGCGGAUCGGGCCAAGCAGCGGCUGCAUAUUGCGCAGUCUAGACCAGGCACGGCGUCGCUCUGGUCGCGUCUCUUCUUCUCGUAUGCCAACCCCAUGAUGCACGCCGGCAACACGCGCCAACUGGACAAUGACGAUCUGUGGGAACUUGAAGGCGAGAAUCGCUCAGCCGCAGCCUUCGACGAGUUCGUAAUGCACUACGAACGCCACGACAGGUCCAUCGUCAAGGCAAUAGUGACAGCGUAUGGAGGAAGAUUCUUCCUCUGUGGUCUGGCGAUGCUCUUCACGACGGCCUGCAAUCUCUUCGCGCCUGCUGUUCUGAACCACGUAAUCACGGUGUUUGCGGCACCUCAGAUCGACAUGUUCAACUUGAGUGCGUGGCUCGGCGUUUUCUUUGCGUCCCGAAUUGUCAACGCCGUAGUGGCCACCCAGAUGCGGUUCUACCUCGAAUUGAUCGCGUUGCGACUUACAGUGACGUUAAAGGCGUUGCUGUUCCGGAAGGCCAUGCGCCGCAGUAUUCAGAGCAAGGGAGAUGCCAAAGCCGUGGACAUUUCUAACCUCUUUUCGUCUGAUGUGAACAACAUUCUCUUCGCAGCUUUUCAAAUCAACAGUCUAUGGAUCAUCCCGAUUCAGAUCGUGGUGGACGUCUACAUGUUGUACGCCGUCAUCGACCUCGCUGCGUUUGCUGGACUGGCAGUCAUUGCGCUUUUCAUGCUCUUGAGUUUUGCCAUCGCCAAGCUAUCGGGAAGUGCAUUUGAGGACAUUAUGAAACACAAGGACGACCGCAUGAAGACCAUCAAGGAAGUGUUCAAUGCCAUUCAGAUUGUCAAACUCAACGCGUGGGAAGACAAAUUCGCUGACAAGAUCCAGAAGCUUCGUGCUACGGAGCUCUCGGCUGUGAAGAAGUUCAUGUACUUGGGCGCUCUGAACAUUUUUGUGCUCUGGGCUUCUCCUAUUGCCGUCUCGGCUGUGUCUUUUGCUGUGUACGCCAUUGUGAUGGAGAAGGUGCUGACGGCAGCGAAGGUGUUCACAGCCAUUGCGCUGUUUAACGCUCUCCGAGACCCACUACGGGACUUACCCACAGUUAUCCAGACGUGUAUUCAAGCCAAGGUUUCGCUCGAUCGGUUCUCUGACUAUCUCGCACUGGAUGAGUUCACUCCGUCGAAUGUUAUUCGUCACGAUCUGGCCCAGCCCGACGACGUAGUCAUGGCAAUUGACGAUGGUACUUUUGGUUGGACAAAGGAUACACCACUGCUAAGCCAGGUCAACCUCACCAUUAAAAAGGGUGAGUUGGUAAUCGUGCACGGCUCCGUCGGCAGUGGCAAGUCAUCCCUGUCUUCUGCUUUGCUGGGAGAAAUGGACAAGCUGGCCGGUAGCGUGUUCGUACGAGGUCGUGUCGCCUACUAUUCACAGCAGACGUGGAUCCAGAACAUGACGAUCCGUGACAACAUCCUGUUCGGUCUGCCAUAUGACAACAAAAAGUACGCUAAAGUGAUCGCGGCGUGUGGCCUACUUCCAGACCUAAAGCAAUUCCCUGGCGGUGACUUGACGGAGAUCGGACAAAAGGGUGUCAACUUGUCUGGUGGUCAGAAGGUGCGUGUUUGUCUUGCUCGUGCGUGCUACUCAGAUGCUGACAUCCUCUUGCUCGACUCCCCGUUGGCGGCUGUCGAUGCGAUCGUGCAGAGUCAAAUCUUCGGUGACUGCAUCUGCAACUUGCUGGCGGAAAAGACCGUCGUGCUGGUGACGCACAGUGCUGACAUUAUCGCGAGUAAAGCCGCCAACUUGAAGGUGCUGGUGGAAGACGGCAAGCUGACAGCUAUUCGACACGACGUGGCUUUACCACGGAGCUCGUUUAAACUGCGGACAAUUCGUUCAGCGGUGGAUGAAGCUAGUCACGAUGAUGAAGCCGUAAAGAACGACGCUGGCAAAUUAAUUGACGAUGAAGAGCGGGAAGAAGGUCGCGUGUCGAAGGAGGUCUUCGCCAAUUACUUUAACUCGCUAGGUGGCGUCAAGGUGUGCGUCUUCCUAUUCUGCGUGCAGACACUGUGGCAAGUGUUCCAGAUUGGCAGCGAUCUGUGGCUGAGUCACUGGACGGGACAGAAGGGCGGCUCGUACAACCAGCACGAGACUGCGUACAACGUGAAAGUGUAUUCGCUGCUUGGGGCAGGCGCCGCGGUCAUGGUCUUCGUUAGAUCAGCUACUGUGGCAGUUGUAGGUCUCCGAGCCUCGCGCCAUCUCUUUGACAACAUGACGGUGUCGCUGUUGAAGGCUCCACUCCGCUUUUUCGACGCGAAUCCAAACGGACGAAUUGUGAACCGAUACGGUGACGACAUGUCCGCUGUGGAUUUCAUGAUCCCAUUCGCGUUUGGAGGAUUUCUCGCCAUGUUUUUCUUCACAGUGUGCCAGCUAGGAACUGCUGUGUACACCAUGAACUUUUUGGGAUUUCUGAUUAUCCCACUGGUGUGGAUGUAUGUGAGAGUUGCCAACUUUUAUCUUGCGCCGUCUAGAGAGAUUUCACGCCUUUGGAAGGUGUCAUCGUCCCCCGUAUUGAGUCACGUGACGCAGUCGGAAGAGGGUGUUGUGGUGAUUCGCGCAUUCGGCCAGGACACUGUUGGUCGCAUGAUCAAAGAAAACUUUAUCCGAAACGAUGUCAACAGCAGGUGCUGGUUUUCGGAGACUGUCACGCAACAAUGGUUCCAAGUUCGCAUGCAGUUGAUCGGAUCGGGAGUCAUUUUCGUGGUGGUUUCGGGACUCGUGUAUUUGCGCGACUACUUGUCUCCUGGUCUGGUGGGACUUGCAUUCACGUAUGCUCUAAAGGGCUGGUCGCGCUGGCUGGUGCUGGUUCUGGGUCUGGUGCUUAAGUUAGGUUUAGGUGUAAAGAGCGCUGUGAUUGGCUGCCGCCAGCUGAGGGGGGGCAUGGUGUACUUGAGCGCGCGAAGUCUAAAGUGA